GUCUCUGCUCACGACUUCCUGUCCUUUCUGCACGCUCCCGCAGUGACAGCGGUUUACCUAUUCCAAGACAAGAUGGGCGCCGACGAUCUGAACAAGACGAUCCUCACGUCGUUCCUCAUCUCGUUCUUCCUGGACUGUCUCUUCUAUGGGAUAUUCUUCGUCGCGUAUGCUAUCACGAUGUGGCUCUUGCUCUUUGCUGCUCGCCGGCGCAAGGGCCAAAGCAGGAGCCGGGACAUCGCGCAUGCCGGACUGCUCACGGUGAUGCUCGGGCUAGCUUUCGUGUACCUCGUGUUGGACGUCGUGGUGAACAUUCAUGCGUUCGAGGGCGAUGGUGGCAACCUUGCUGCCGCAGAGGCGGUCUUCGUCGUCAGUAACCCGGAGUCGCUCUGGGGUCCAAAGCUUGGGGUGCUCGUCACACAGAUGAUUUUGGCGGAUGCAUACUUGAUAUACCGGGUGUAUGUGGUUUACAGCUCGUCCUUGGUCGUAACUGCUGCACCAGCGUUCUUUCUCGUAUGUGAAGCAGCGUUCGGCUUCACUACUGUGCACUACCAGAUCCAUCCGGGAAUAGCAGCGAUUCCCGAGAUCAUGUCCAUCCUCUUCUUCGCCUCCUCCCUCGUAACGAAUGUGUUGUCAACCGGCCUGAUUGCCGGGCGAAUCAUCCGCUCGAACCGGCGUGUGCGCGAAUUCCGCAUGUCUGGGGUCGGGCGGACCGCGAGCCGGGGCUCUGGGGUGGUCGACAUUAUCGUGCAGUCCGCCGCGGUGUACUCGUGCGCGCUCAUCGUCAUCCUGAUCGCGAUGUUCACCGCGACUGUCCAGCCGCUCGUGGUGCUGGGUGUGCUCCCGUCGCUCGCGGGUGCUGUGUUCUCGGCAGUCAUCAUUCGCACGCGCCUUUCGGACGCGACUUCUCCAGAGGUUCACCAGGUCGACUUCCGAGGACAAGCGCGGCUCAUGGUCCCACAGAGGGUCGGCACAGGCUUGUCGAUCGUAGUCUCAAGGGAGAUCAUCUCGAGCGACGAUGCCAAAUAAACCCUCGCAAAAUCUCGCGACCCGCUUGUUCUAUCGC